GCUUCAGCAACCGAGGUCUCUAAGGCGGUCACAAUGGCCAUCAAUGCGGGAUAUCGGCACAUUGAUUGCGCAUUUUCGCACGGCAACGAGUUUGCUGUUGGUGUGGCCUUGAAGAACCAAAUCGUGACUGAGGGCUUUCCGCGUCGUAAACUCUUUGUCACCUCAAAGCUUUGGUGCACUUUCCACAAGAAACUACUUGUGCGAGAAAACUGUAUUCGCUCACUUCGAGCCCUUAACUUAGAAUACCUGGACCUAUAUAUGAUCAACUGGCCGGUGUCUCUGAAAUCAGGAGUUCGUCAACCCAACGGUGAGCCCGAGUACGAUUCCGUGCCUAUUGAGGAAACAUGGGAGGCCAUGGAACAACUGGUACAAAUGGGCCUUGUGCGUUCCAUCGGUCUUUCCAAUUUCAAUGAGGACCAGAUUCGACGGGUGCUUGGAUGUUGUUCCAUCCCACCAGCGGUUCUGCAGGUGGAAAGUCAUCCAUACUUCCUGAAUAAUGAACUGAUCAGCUUUGCACAAGGCAUUGGGAUGAAGGUCACGGCUUGCGCGCCGCUUGGAUCUUCUUACACUGAACCGUAG